CCUCCCGCCGGCGCUGCGGCCGCUCCGCUCCGAGGCCGCGGCGCGUCCCCGCCAUGGCCGCCCGGGCCCCCCGCUCCCCUCGGGCUCCUCCCGCCGCCGCCCGCCGCUCCCCGCCGCCCCCCUCCGCCCUGCUGCUCGCCCUGCUCCUGCUUCUGGCCGGGCCGCUCGGCGGGGCCCGCGCUUUGACAUGUCUGUGCUCUGACUGCAAACAAGCCAACUCCACGUGCGAGACGGACGGCGCCUGCAUGGUGUCAGUGUUCAACCUGGACGGUGUCAAGCACCACGUCCGGACCUGCAUUCCUGAGGCCAAGCUGAUUCCUGCUGGGAAACCCUUCUACUGCCUGAGCUCAGAGGAUCUGCGGAACACUCACUGCUGCUACUCCGAUUUUUGCAACAAAAUUGAUUUAAUGGUUCCCAGCGGACACCUGAAAGACAACGAGCCCCCAUCCAGCUGGGGUCCUGUGGAGCUGGUGGCAGUGAUUGCUGGGCCUGUGUUCCUUGUGUUUGUUGUGAUGAUCAUUGUGGUGUUUGUGUUCCAUCACCACCAACGAGUCUAUCACAACCGCCAGCGCCUGGACAUGGAGGACCCUUCUUGUGAAAUGUGCCUUUCCAAGGACAAGACCUUGCAAGAUCUGGUCUAUGAUCUCUCCACCUCAGGCUCUGGCUCAGGUUUGCCUCUGUUUGUGCAGCGGACCGUGGCUCGGACCAUUGUCCUGCAGGAGAUCAUUGGCAAGGGUCGCUUUGGGGAGGUGUGGAGGGGCAGGUGGCGUGGAGGGGACGUGGCUGUGAAGAUCUUCUCCUCCCGUGAGGAGCGCUCCUGGUUCAGGGAGGCAGAGAUCUAUCAGACAGUGAUGCUGCGCCACGAGAACAUCCUGGGCUUCAUUGCUGCAGACAACAAAGAUAAUGGGACAUGGACUCAGCUGUGGCUUGUCUCUGACUACCACGAGCAUGGCUCUCUCUUUGACUACCUGAAUCGCUACACGGUGACUAUCGAGGGCAUGAUCAAGCUGGCCCUGUCUGCUGCCAGUGGGCUGGCCCACCUGCACAUGGAGAUCGUGGGCACUCAGGGAAAACCUGGGAUUGCUCACAGAGACCUGAAGUCCAAGAACAUCCUGGUGAAGAAGAAUGGCACGUGUGCCAUCGCUGACCUGGGCCUGGCCGUGCGGCACGACUCGGUCACAGACACCAUUGACAUCGCCCCAAACCAAAGGGUUGGCACCAAACGAUACAUGGCCCCAGAAGUCUUGGAUGAAACCAUCAACAUGAAACAUUUUGAUUCAUUUAAAUGUGCUGAUAUCUACGCCUUGGGCUUGGUCUACUGGGAGAUUGCCCGAAGGUGCAACGCAGGAGGUAUCCAUGAGGAGUAUCAGCUUCCCUACUACGACCUUGUCCCCUCUGACCCUUCCAUUGAGGAGAUGCGGAAGGUCGUGUGUGACCAGAAAUUACGGCCAAACAUCCCAAACUGGUGGCAGAGCUACGAGGCACUACGGGUGAUGGGCAAGAUGAUGCGGGAGUGCUGGUACGCCAACGGAGCGGCUCGGCUCACUGCCCUCCGCAUUAAGAAAACCCUCUCCCAGCUCAGUGUCCAAGAAGAUGUGAAAAUUUAGGCUCUGAGCCUCAGCAGGAGGAAACUGCACAGGAGCUGCUGUGCUAGAGUAGACGUGUGAUGGAGGCCUACCUCGUGUUUCAGCCCAACCUACUGCUACAACCAGACAGCGGGACCUGCAGGCUGCUAGGCAGGGGGACGGAGCCGACAGCACCGCUCUCUUCCCUGCUUGGGUAUGAAACAAUCCGAAACCUUUUGUGAUCACCUCCUGAGAGCGUGGAGACUUGAGAGGGACUUCACCCGAGGGAUCUCAGCCAUGAUCCUGACUCUUUGUUCCUUGAAAGGAAAUCCCUGUAAAGUUCAGCGUGCGUUGAGCCCGGGUGCUCGGGGAAGGGAAAGGGAAGGUUUUUCUUGCCGUACUCUCGAGGAUUUUUUCCAGGGACUGGCACGUUCAUGCAGAAAAAAAGCUAAACAAAUGGUGCUCUCUUCCAAGAGGCUGAGCCGGAACAGUUGAUCAGCUUCACAAAAACCGUUCUCCCUCCUUUUCUUAAGCUUGAAAAAGUCCCAAGUGAGCGCCCUCGGCGCGCCGGUGUCUGCAUGCGCGAGGUGCGCGUGUCCCCGUGCCUGCUCCGUCUCCGUGGCCGUGCUGUCUGCCCGUGGGUGGCUCAUCUCUGUCCGUGCUUCCUGUGCAUGUGCAAAUCUCCAGUGUCCCGUUGGUGAGCUGUUUGCGCUGCUGCUCUCCGUGCUGAGUCGUGAGCGUCGUGGAGCUUGGACGGGCUGCAGGGCGGAUCCCUGGCUCCCCCGUGGGCCACAGCGUCCCAUCAGGCUGCCUCACUGCCACCCCUUCCCUUUUUUUAAGGUGAAACAAAUAAGGAACUGAGAAUUGCUCCUGGAAUCCAGGUUUUUUUGUCUUGAGCCCCUGGGGUUUGUAGUUCUGGGUAGGGGGGAGCUGAGGUUUGUCAGAGAUGGAGCAGGCGCUGCAGCCGGCACCUGGGGACAUGCAGGAUUCAGCUGGGGAAAUGCAGGAUUCCAUUGGGGAAAUGCAGGAUUCCAUUGGGGAAAUGCAGGAUUCAGCUGGAGGAAUGCAGGAUUCAGCUGGGGAAAUGCAGGAUUCAGCUGGAGGAAUGCAGGAUUCAGCUGGGGAAAUGCAGGAUUCCAUUGGGGAAAAUGCAGGAUUCAGCUGGGGAAAUGCAGGAUUCAGCUGAGGAAAUGCAGGAUUCCAUUGGGGAAAAUGCAAGAUUCAGGUGGGAACAUGCUGGAUUCAGCUGAAAGAAUGCAGGAUUCAGCUGGGGAAAAUGCAGGAUUCAGCUAGAGGAAUGCAGGAUUCAGCUAGAGGAAUGCAGGAUUCAGCUGGGGAAAUGCAGGAUUCAGUUCUCCUGGAAAUACAAUUCCCAACUCCACCACCCAGGCACAUUUCUGGGGCCUGAUGAUGCAGUGCUGCAGGCUGGGGACAGAGUGGCUGGACAGUGGCCAGGCAGAAAGGGACCUGGAGGUACUGGUUGACAGCCAACUACACAUGAGCCAGCAGAGUGCCCAAGUGGCCAAGAAGGCCAGUGGCACCUGGCCUGGAUCAGGAGUGCUGUGGCCAGGAGCAGGGCAGUGAUUCUUCCCCUGUGCUCAGCACUGGUUGGGCAGCACCUCGAGUGCUGUGUCCAGUUCUGGACCCCCCAGUUUAGGAAGGACAUGGAGGGGCUGGAGUGUGUCCAGAGAAGGGCAACAAGGCUGGUGAGGGGUCUGGAACACAGGUCCUGUGAGGAACCACUGAGGGUUGUUUAUCCUGGAAAAAGGAGGCCCAGGGGAGAUCUCAUCUCUACAGCUCCCUGAAAGUGGCUGCAGCCAGGUGGGGGUUGGGCUUUGCUCCCUGGAACCACUGACAGCAAAAGGACACAGCCCUAAGCUGUGCCAGGGGAAGUUCAGGUUGGACAUCAGGAAAAAAUUCCUCACUGAAAAAGUGAUUGGGCACUGGAAUCAUCUGCUCAGGGAGGUGCUGGAGUCACCAUCCCUGGACAUGGUUGGAAAAGAGUGGCCACGGUCUCAGUGCUGUGGUUUAGCUGAUGAGGAGGUGUUAGGUUAGGCCCUAGGUUGGAUUUGGUGAUCUCAAAGGUCUUUUCCAACCUGGCUCAUUCUGUGCUCUGAGUUCUGGGAGUGCUCUGGGCAGGAUCUGACAGCAGGUGUGGGUUGGGAAAUCAACAUCCAUCUUUUUAAUAUAGGUGUAUAAAUAUCUCCUAAUGUGGAAGUGGCUGUGUGUCAGUGUGGGGUGGGGGGAUCUGCAUGGGUUUUCUUUUGAUUCAGUGCCAGGUGAGGGAGAGGUGGGGUGACUACAGCAAAUGUGGAAGUGAGGGCUGGGGCUGCCUUGGUGACUUUGGCAGUCAGGAAGAGCCCUGGUGUGGAGGUCAGGUCAGUGUCUGCAGUAGAGAACUCUGAAGCCAUAACUUUUAACUGGAGUGGUUUUGAUUAUUAUUUUUUUAAUUAUUAUUGUUAUUAUUAUUAUUGUUGUUGUUUUCUGGGAGGGUCUGGAUUUUAACUUUUUUGAAUAUUGUUAAUUCUUUCUAAGUGCAGAAAAACAAUCUCUAAUUAUUACCUCUUGACCUGUUGGUUUGUAAAGAAAUCACUGCAAAAAAAAGAAAAAAAAAAGAAAAAAAAAAAGAACCAAAUGCACAGCUCGAUUUACACUGGAACUGUUUCUACUCUGACCUUGCUCCUGCUCUCUAAGGUGAGGUUUCAUCUCUGCUCUGGCCACCAGGGUUAAGUUUCUUUCAAUCCCUCUGUUCUUGCUGUCUGUGUCCCUGUCCAUGUGUCCUUCUCCCCCCAUUCCCUGUGUGUCCAUGACCUUGUAUAAAGUGAGGAGUGUGGUUUGGAAUCAUGUUAGGAGCCUUUUUGCACCCCCCAAGGAGUUUUUGGCAGUGUGGGAGCAGGGAUGGGGAUCCCAGCUUGUCCUGAGUUCCAUCUCAGCCAGAGGUUCCCAGCUGUGUCCCUGAAAUGCAUUUGGAAGCUGAGGGGGACACGUGCAGGACCCCCAGGCCAUUGAGCCAGGCCCAGGCUGCCCUGGGGUCUGGGGGAAGGACAGGGGACAUCCCAGAGCUGCAGGAGCUGCAGGCUGAGCCCUCCCAGUCACUGCAGCUGCCCCACCGAGCCCUCAGCUCCACAACUUGCACUGAACUCACCCCUCCGACUGUAGCCACACUGCACCUGCCUCAAAAAACCAAACAGCUGCCGGCCAGCAGGGCUGGGACGGGGGAAGGAGGUCCUGGUGGGCAGGGCUUGAGGAGAAACCUCGUUCCAGAGAGGGGGAAGAGCCAGCGGGGUCGGCAGGAGCUGCCCAUGUAGCAUUCACACAGCACUUUGAUACAAACCCCGCCCGGGGCCGUGCUCGCCCGGCUGAUGGGGACGGGAAUUGCUGCUGGCUCCGAAACAGCUCCGGGACACAGCAGCGCUGCAGGCGGCGGGGGGGAGCCGGUGCACGACAGGCAGGGCCCAUCCGCGGUACGUGGCUGCAGGACAGAACUCUUGGUACUUCUCUGCCCCUUUGAUUUGUUUGGUUUUGUACAUUUUCUUAGCAAAGGACUGUAAGAAAAUAGCCACUUAGCCACUUUACCUCUUCAGUAUGCAAAUGUACAUACGGUGUAAGAUAGGAAAUCUUUUGUUUAAUAUAAAACCAGGCUGUCGAUUUCUGCUGUACAUUAUUAAAAGUUUGUUUUAUUCA